AUGUUGGUAACCUAUAAAUUGCUACCGGCAAUUUUAUUGGUAUUCUGUGGAGCUGAUUGCGCGCUUCACCAGCCGUCAUUCGGAGUGAAAUCCUUACCGACUGACGUGGCUCCGAGAGCCAGCAACACUGAUGAAGUUGCCUCGGAUGCUGGAGGGAAAAGCAAAGACUUGGAUGCCAAGUCAGGAAUACCACUGUCAAAAGAAGGACAAGAUCACGACAAGCAUGGACUGCAAAUGAGAAAUGGGACAAAGGUGGACGCGCCUGAAAACGAUCGUUGCAUCACAACCACACGUGAUGCUGCCAAGCGAGGAUCACCAUUUGACUGUAAACAACUUCCUGCUAAAUGUCUACAAUGUUCUUUCAACCGGUCUUGCGUGUAUGGGGCUGAAGUAAACGUUUCAUGUAUCCCACUUCUUGGCGUGGAAUGUGAGGGACAGAGGCCCUUCACAGCCACGACCAUUUGCCAGUACUGUUAUCAGACUCCGUCGUGGCAACAUAGGUGCAUCAAAGACGCGAAUUGUGAUGUUGUAAGUGCGCCGAGAGAGAAGUAUCGAACGAAUUGCACAGUGGAUCCUAAUGUUAUCUGCAUGGGAUUGCGGACAUUUCCGAAGAAUGUAUUGUGCAAUUGGACCAAUGGUCACCGGUGGUCCACUGCUGUGAUGUUGAGCAUUACUUUGGGCGGUGUCGGCGCCGACAGGUUUUAUCUGGGUCACUGGCAAGAAGGAAUUGGGAAGCUCUUCAGUUUCGGAGGCCUGGGAGUCUGGACGUUGGUGGAUGUGAUUCUGAUCGCGACGCGUUACCUCGGCCCGGCCGAUGGGUCGCUUUACAUAUGA